UUUCUCAAAUUAUUUUAAAGUUGGUUGACUUCAUUGUUGAGUUUAGUUUGAAGUAGAAGAAUAUCCAGUUAUUUUUUAUGAUGGUUACAAGUUCUGUUAAUGUAUUGCAAUCUUGCUUCUGCAUGUUUUUGACACACCACAAAUCAUUGAACUCUCCAAUCUUGAAAACCAAAACCCUAAAUCCAAUCCCAAAUUUCAAUUCUUCUCUCUCUUUGAAAUGCUACUCUUCAACAACUUCCCAACAAAACGAAUUCACAGUUUCAUAUCUCGUUACCAAUUUCGGCUUCUCAUUAGAAACCGCUACAAAGGCUUCCAAACUCGUUCAUUUCAAGGCUUCCCAAAACCCUGAUUCAGUAAUCGUCAUCUUCAGAAACUUCGGUUUCUCCGAUUCUCAGAUAAACGACAUCGUUAGUAAAGCGCCCAACAUUCUUACAUGUGACCCCCACAAAAGGAUUUUGCCAAAGUUUGAAUUUUUACUCUCAAAGGGUGCUUCAGAUUCUGAUAUAGUGGAGAUUGUGACCAGAAGCCCUAAAAUUCUAUAUUCAAGCCUUGAGAAUUGCAUAAUCCCCACUUUUGAAUUGGUAAGAAGGUUCUUUCCAUCUAAUGAGAAAGUUAUUAAAGUCUUACUCAAAUGUAGUUUUUUCUUUGGUCAUAAUCGUGUUAUUAAGAAUGUGAAGUUGUUGCUUGAUCAUGGAGUCACUGACUCAAAUAUAAGAUAUUUGUUACUUAAAACACCGGCUAUAUUUUCGUGUCAUGACUUAAAGAGUGCUCUGGAUAUGGUUAAGAAAAUGGGAUUUAAUGAUCCUUCCAAAGUUAAUUUUUGUAUAGCAUUGUUAGCCAAAAGGGCUAUGUCGAAAUCUCGGUGGGAUGCUAAAGUUAUUGUCUUUAAGAGAUGGGGUUGGUCUGAUGAAAUGGUUCUAGAAGCGUUUAGAAAGCGACCCUUGUGUAUGCUAACAUCCACAGAAAAAAUUAAUGAUAUCAUGAGAUUUUGGGUGAAUGAGUUGGGUUGGAACUCUUCGGUUCUUGUCAAAAGGGCGGAUAUGUUUUCGUAUAGUUUGGAGAAUAGGAUCAUUCCGAGGGCUUGUGUUGUUUCAUAUCUAAUCUCCAAAGGUUUGAUAGAAAACAAUCUUGAAUUGUCUACCCCUUUUGUUGUUAGUGAAAAGGCGUUUAUUGAAAAGUAUGUGCAAAGUUUUAAAGGGGAAAGACAUAAUUUGUUAAAGCUAUACCAGGAGAAAAUGGAUGGUAAGACAAUCAAGGAAAAUGGUGAAGCGUCUGGAAGCUAUUGAAUGGUUAACAUUUGUGGACUAUUUGAUGCAUUCUGAACGAUUGAAGCAUGGGUAACCUAGCUGCGUGUCCCGCUGUUGUUGCUGCCUUUGCUAGAAAUGUUCAUUAACCAUCCUUCAUCCUUGUACUUUUAGUAUGCACUGUGGCGGGUCUUUAGUUAAUAGUUAUAUAAAUCUCAUUUUUUUUGGGUUUUUUCUUGUGAUUUGAAAUGAUUUCAAGGGAUUUUGGGCAUUCAGCUUGGAAAUAAAGGAGAAUUGGCGAAGAUAUCAAAGACCAUUAGAGCUUUAUGGAAAGAGUCUUCAUAUUUCACUUAUUCCUUGCUGCUUGAAUGUUAAGCAAAGACAAAGCUAGAAUAUCUUAAAUGCUGAUUUUUGUAGAUUUAAAUGCUUAGCUGGGAAUGGCUGCUGCAGAUUUUUUUAUGGAAUCAUUUGUUGUAGUCUUUAUGUUCAGAUAAGGAUCAGUAGAUUACUUCCUGAUUCUGUUUUAGAGUUCCUUCACUUUGUUUGAUGAAGAAAAUAUGGACUGCUGCAGUAAUUUAUAUUAGACUUGUGAGGUGAAACAAACUCAUUUGAUAUAUGACAAAUAAGAUUUAAAAUGAUUUAAA